AUGGAUUCACCUGCUGGCAGUAGCUGCAUGAGGAAUCCUCACCCAACUGCUGCACUCUGGGGGUGCAUCCGCAACCACCAUGCUGAGGCCGGAGGUACCGCUGGGCCGCACCAUUACCCACAAGCCCCCUUUUCGUUCCACCACAAGCCAGACUUGGGCAUUUAUUCGGACUUUCCCACCUCCUGCCUGGCUGCCGCCCCCCAAAGCCUGUCCCGGGACGAACACGCUUUUGAAGAGCAUCACAGCUCCUUCCAGUGCCAGAUGCCUGCCUGGCCUUUUACCGCAUCGGAGGGCCGAAGGCGGCUGCCCGCCGAGUUGGUUUUGGGAUUAGGAGGCUCCGAGAGCGGCAGCCCAAAUGUGGUGGAUGCCCCGGUUUGCACAAGUGAAGAUUACGUCCGGGCAGGAGGGAAUGCAGCAAGCGAAGUGGAGAGAAAAACAUCCCGAAGGAAACGGGGAAAUGCAGAGAGCCAGGAUGCCGGCAGCAGCGGCUCCGCCUCAACCACCUCAAAAGCAGAAGCCAACAGUGCCAAAGCGCGGAAGGAGCGCACCGCUUUCACCAAGGACCAGCUGCGGGAGCUGGAGGCAGAAUUUGCACACCACAACUACCUGACGCGGCUCCGGAGAUACGAGAUUGCGGUGAACCUUGACUUGACGGAAAGACAGGUCAAAGUCUGGUUCCAGAACCGCAGGAUGAAAUGGAAGCGUGUGAAGGGUGGGCAGCCGGCGUCACCCCAGGACCACGUCAUGGAGGAUGUGGACUCUGCAGCCUCCCCAAGUUCAGAAUAG